AUGGAUUUAAAAACCCUACUCGACACUGCUAAAGCAAUGGAACUGGCAAAAUCUCACUUGUCUGGCAUGGAGGAAAAAUCUGAAGACACUGCACAAGAACAGGUGAUAUCAGAUGGUGCUUCUACAAGGCCUUGUUUGGAACGAAUAACGCAAAUAAGCAUCACCAAACGACUGUUUUAUAACCGAGGUCAUGGUCUAUUUUCUGUUCUAGAUGGUGAAUACAAAUUUGCUGUACUCUGUCGAGUAUGCGGUGACAAUACUUCCGGUGUGCAUUAUGGAGUAGAUGCGUGCGAAGGGUGCAAAGGAUUCUUCCGGCGAACCACGGGACAGAAUCUGAAAUAUCCAGUAUGCAAAUUAGGAGGAAAUUGCGAAAUAAACAGAGAGUCUAGAAACAGGUGUCAGUCAUGUAGAUAUGAGACAUGCGUAAAAGUCGGAAUGUCUCGAAAAGCCGUCAAGUAUGGAAGAAUACCAAAUAAAGAAAAGGUUAAAAUUUUGACACGAAGAUAUUCAGCGUGGAGAAGCUAUGCACGAUCGGGUGAGAAUGCUACCGGGAGUGUUUGCUGUGAAACCGAAAAGUUAGUAAAGCUAACGACUGACGCCCGCAAAACAAUAAAACACGCUAAUGUAUUAUUAAACCCAGCCAAGAAACCAAAAAGUAAACAUUUAUCAACUGCAAAUAUUUAUUACAAAGUCGUACCGAAAAUGAGGGAAGCGGCCACUCUGUAACAAGAAGAAACCAUUCG